AUGCUAUUCAAACCCAAUAUGAUUAUACUUCUUGCUGUAGUCGUGCUUACGUUUACUAGUAUUUCUCCAUUUGAUGCAAGCUCCAGCAGCAAUGUUUGCGAUUUACAACAGAAACUAUUCGACCCCAUUAUCAAGAGCGGAAAAGCCUUGGAAGUAUUCUACUUCGUCAACGAUACAAAAGAAACGAUUCAGUUGACGUGGGCAGGUGAAAACAGUGGGGUUUUAAUACUAGUGACGAUGACUGAAGGGGAGUCUGGCCCUGGACUAACAUCCGACAUAUAUCGUAGUGACAACAAUGGUAAAACGUUCACAAAAAUUACGCAGCAGUUGGGUGAGAGUAUUUACAUCCGGAGAGAAAAUGGCCUUCAACGUCAUCAGAAUCAGAGAGAUUCAAAAGAACUAUUUGUGAUAUGUUAUGAUGUGGAAAAUAUGACCAGGUCUAUGAUUUUUGUUACUGAAGAUGGGGGUUCUACUUGGGAAAGGUCCAGUGUACCAUUUGUCUUAAGUGGCCAGCUGCGUUUUUAUCCACGUGAAAGACUUUCUCCAUGGGUUUUAACUUUAGAAGAAAAAACCUCGAUUUUAUAUCUGUCACUUGAUAACGGUAAAACAUGGAAAAACAUUCACGAUAAUGUUGUGGAUUACUUUUGGUCUGUUUAUGAAAUAGAUCCAGGAGAAACAGUGUACAUACUUUAUCAUCCACAAUCCAGUAAAAAUGCAAGUGAAAGACACAUACUAGCAAAGUCUUCUGAUUUUGGAUUAACUUGGACUGAACUUUGA